ACACACACACACACACACUUACAGGUUGGGGAAAACAGGGGCAGGAGGAAGAUGAAAAAAGCUAAUGUUGGUUAAUCCAGACUGUCUGCUGCUUUGGCCAUCCUCAUGAAUCAUAAUUUAAUAAUUAAUUUGUGGACUCAGAACCUGGGAGAAGAGAGGAGAUGAGAUGAGCACCCAUCACUCCGACCCCCACCUCCUGUUAGCCACAGCCAAAGGGGAAAAGCCUCACUCACUCUCAGAAACACACCGCGGACGGAAAGCAGCAGCAGCAGCCACAUAGGGCUAGGCCGCAAGUCAUUAGUUCUUGGUGGGCAAGCACUGACAAAAGCCUGGAGGGAGAAGCCUCGCAUGAGGAGAGGAGGAGGAAGCACAGGAACUAAGGCGGACAGACUGUCUCUCCCCCCCCGUUCUUGUUUUUCUUGUCUGUCCAGAGAGGCAGCAGCAGCACGGAGGAUAUAGUGGUGCUACAACAACAAGAGGGAGCGAGAGAGAGGGAGCACUUCCCUGUGCUGGAGAUCAACUGGGUGUUUUGGAAGGGAGGUGACCUCCGUCUCCUGCUACUGAAGCUGGUGGUGCCUUUAAGGACACCCGCACCAAAGUGUUGCUGUUGUCGUCGCGGUGUAGACGACAAGUCGAUUUGUUGUUUAUCUGAAAAUGCCGCUGAGAGGAUUACAGCAGUAGAGCGGGCGUGCUGCGUUCACUGCCUCAGCUUCGCUGGAUGGCACGGAGCUGUACAGCGAGGGGGAAAGCUGCGGUCCGUAAACGCAGCACAGACAGCCACACUAGCCGACCGUUCGCUCGUUCUCAGGUCUCCGGACUGAACGCGGCUGACGGGCAGCAUAUCUUCAACCAUUCGGGAGAGAAGGAAACAAGAUGAGGACACCGAUGGACAAAUAGGAGACAGAAAGCGGAGGAAAACCCGUCAAACACUCGAUAUUAAAAAGUUGCCACGGUGGAGACUGUUUCCAGGUCAUAGUGGAGUGGGAGGGGACUGAGCUGCUCUUGUUUUUUGUUUCUUACUUUUUUUGUUUCAGUAUAAAAUAAGACUGCGAUAGCACAUUAGAACACAUACGGUUAAGAAGUCAUCUUCUUCCACACCGUCCACCCAAGACUUUUCAUAUUAUUCGAUAUUUAUGUUACCUUGACGGCAAGCAGAAACAUUGGCUGUCUGUCCAAUUUUUCUCUGCGGUGGUUCGGUAACCAAGCGAUGGCCAUGGUGAGUGGGGGCUGGGGAGAUCCUAACGGGGGCACCAACGGGCUGGGGGACAAGAGCUACCUGAGAGGGGAGGAAGAGGACGGUUCUCCUCAGGCGGGGGGCAGCGACAUGGAGGCCGGAGACGACGACAAGGCGUGCGUGGUGGACUGCGUAGUGUGCGGGGACAAGUCCAGCGGAAAACACUACGGCGUGUUCACAUGUGAGGGCUGCAAGAGCUUCUUCAAGAGGAGCGUCAGACGCAAUCUCAGCUAUACCUGCAGGUCAAACAGAGAAUGUCAGAUUGACCAGCACCACAGAAACCAAUGCCAGUACUGUCGCCUGAAAAAGUGUUUCCGUGUUGGCAUGCGCAAAGAAGCAGUUCAACGCGGACGCAUCCCUCCUCAGGCAAGCCUCAGCCCCUCCAUCACUCCCAUAGGUGGCGCCAGUGUCCUUGGAGGUGGUGAGUUUUACAACAAUGGAGGAAGUGGCGGCGGUCAGCCCGUGUCUGAGCUCAUCUCUCAGCUGCUGCGAGCUGAGCCAUAUCCCAGCAGUCGCUAUGGGCACCAGUACAACCAACAGGCCGGUCCAGAUAAUGCCAUGGGCAUUGAUAAUAUUUGUGAACUGGCUGCCCGCCUACUCUUCAGCAUCGUAGAGUGGGCCAGAAGCAUCCCGUAUUUCCCCGAGCUGCCUGUUUCGGACCAGGUGGCCCUGCUGAGGCUGAGCUGGAGCGAGCUGUUCAUCCUCAAUGCGGCCCAGUCGGCUCUGCCGCUCCACAUGGCUCCUUUACUGGCUGCAGCCGGCUUCCACUCCUCGCCCAUGUCUGCUGAGCGUGUGGUUUCCUUCAUGGAUCAGGUGAGGGUGUUCCAGGACCAGGUGGACAAGCUGACCAGGUUGCAGGUGGACUCGGCUGAGUACAGCUGUCUCAAGGCCAUCGCACUGUUCUCGCCAGAUGCUUGUGGUCUGACAGACGCAGUCCACGUGGAGUCUCUGCAAGAGAAGGCUCAGGUGGCUCUGACGGAGUACGAGAGGAUGCAGUACCCCAGUCAGCCACAGCGUUUCGGCCGCCUGCUCCUGCGUCUCCCUGCCCUGCGCGCCGUUCCCGCCAACCUCAUCUCCCAGCUCUUUUUCAUGCGUCUGGUAGGAAAGACGCCCAUUGAGACGCUGAUCCGUGACAUGCAGCUCUCUGGAAGCUCAAUCAGCUGGCCGUAUGUCCCAGGACAGUAGCUCCCUCUACCCGGAUGGACAUGGUUUUUGUCUGGGAUUAGUGACGACAAGGACCCAUAAAGAGACCUCCUGACGCAUCAUUAUCCAUCUGUGUUGCUUUCAAACUGCAGUGCCAGCUGGCUGUCUCAUGUACUUUACUGUAACUGCUCUACUCCCUCCUCAUGAAACGAGGCCUCUGUCUCCACACGACCUGUCGGAGAAGACGCAUGAGACGAUGCCAGCCUGGAUCUGGUUCUCAGGCCAGAGAACAGUUCUUCAUGCUGGGCUACAAUAUGGCCCUCACUGUCAGACAUGUAGCCACCUACAUGCUAUAGUGACGAAAGACGUUGCAGUUUCAUGUAGAGGGCAGCAGCACCCUGCUACAAACUGCCCUGUCACUGGAAGUCAGCUGAGACAUUUUUCCCACACAAGACUCAUUUUCCAUGACUGGAGAUUUGUGAUAUAGAAACCUUUUUAUCACACAACAGUAACAUUACAUCUAUGACUAUAACGAUCCCAAUUGAACAGUCUAAAGUAGUAGGUGCGCCAUUGACUGGAUAUACAGACACAGUACGAGCCUUUUUGUUGACAAGACAAUUAUGAUUUCACUGCUCUUACCUCAACAGUGGAGGACAAACAAUGGCUCAAAAGAACGACGAGUGAAAUAAAACCAAGGAAAGUUCACCAAAGUUUCAUCAGAUGAUUUUUUUUUUUUUAUAUAUAUAUAGAAUUAGUACAUAAAGCAGAGAGAUGGAAACAAACAGACUCUUGUGACUGCCUGACCAUCAAGUCAGCAAUGCAUUUAUUUCAUUCACAAGGCUCUCGGUCGCUGUAGUUUUAGAAGAAUUAAAACGAGAAGAGUGACAGGAGAACGGACAAUUACCUCAAGAGACAUCAGAAUGCUUUAGUCUGAUAUUUCCAAAACACAAACCUCUGUAAACGUUGUUCACCAGAAACCGCCUUCUUUUUCAACUGCCUUGUUAUUCAGUAUGAAUUUGGGACACCUAAUGAAGGAUGAAAUGAGACUUGUGAGUGUUACAAACGUGCUUCAUGUACAUUUUUGAAAAAAAAAAAAAAAGAAAUCCCGAGUAAAUUUCGUCCAUGAUUUUAAUUUUGACUGACGGAAUACGGUGACUUGAGCUAUUAAACAUUGUUUAGAGCAAGAUUUUGGAUUUUUUCCUUUUCCAAUGACCGUCACAUGCAUAAAUAAACUUGGGUUCCAUUACAAUAAACUAUGAAAACAAUUUCAAACA